ACGAAAUUAACUAAUAACAAAAAAAAAGAUAUAUCCAUUCACUUCUCCUCCUCGUUUCUCUCCAAUGGCGGACAAGCUAGCUCUCCCUCUUCUUCUCCCAAGCACACCUUCCUCAAAGCCCUUGUUUCACGACCACCACCAACUCUCCAGAACGCCCUUUCUCACCUCACAACUUCCAUCACAACCUCCUCCUUCUCCGGUAGAGCCUCUCCUUCACGACGUCUUCCUCCACCAAAACCCUAAUUCGAGAAGACCCAUAACCCCACAAACUCCCAAAACCCGUAACCGAACUCGAAUCGGCAAGUCACGAGACCCUAACCUCGGAAAGCCUUGGUCUUACCAUGGCUUAUCUCCUCAUGGUCAGCAGAUUCUCCGUUCCUUAAUCGAACCCACUUUCGAUUCCGGCCAAUUAGACCCUCUUCUCUCUCAGUUAUCCGAGUCGUCUUCCUCGGAGUUACUCGCUCUUCUCAAAGGAUUAGGCUUCCAUAAGAGAUUCGAUUUAGCUCUUAGCGUGUUUGAUUGGUUUAUGAAGCAAAAGGAUUAUCAAUUAGAUAACUCUGUUGUUGCUGUUGUUAUCUCGAUGUUGGGUAAAGAAGGAAGAGUCUCUUCCGCUGCGAACUUAUUCAAUGGGCUGAUAGAAAACGGGUUCUCGCUUGAUGUUUACUCGUACACUUCGUUGAUAUCUGCGUUUGCAAAUAGCGGAAGGUAUAGAGAUGCUGUAAUGGUGUUCAAGAAGAUGGAAGAAGAAGGUUGUAAACCGACUUUGAUUACUUACAAUGUUGUUCUGAACGUGUUUGGGAAAAUGGGCACUCCCUGGAGUAAGAUUAUGUCUCUUGUGGAGAAGAUGAAGAGUUAUGGGAUUGCUCCUGAUGCGUAUACAUACAACACGCUUAUAACUUGCUGUAAACGAGGAUCUUUGCAUGAAGAAGCUGCUCGGGUUUUCCAAGAGAUGAAGAUGGCAGGGUUUAGUCAUGAUAAGGUUACUUACAACGCCCUGUUGGAUGUUUAUGGCAAGUCUCAUCGGCCUAAAGAAGCUAUGAAGGUUUUGAAUGAGAUGGAGCUUAGUGGGUUUACACCGAGCAUUGUGACUUAUAACUCGUUGAUAUCUGCGUAUGCGCGUGAUGGAAUGUUGGAUGAAGCUAUGGAGCUUAAGAAUCAGAUGGUGGGAAAGGGAAUGAAGCCUGAUGUUUUCACUUACACCACGCUUUUGUCCGGAUUCGAGAGAGCUGGGAAGGUUGAAUCUGCUAUGAGUGUUUUCGAAGAGAUGAGAACCGCUGGGUGCAAACCGAAUAUUUGUACUUUUAAUGCGUUCAUAAAGAUGUAUGGUAACAGGGGGAGGUUUGCGGAGAUGAUGAAGAUAUUUGAUGAGAUCAACGUGUGUGGUCUUUCUCCGGACAUUGUCACUUGGAAUACACUGUUAGCAGUCUUUGGCCAAAACGGGAUGGAUUCUGAAGUUUCGGGUGUGUUCAAAGAGAUGAAGAGAGCAGGUUUCGUACCUGAGAGAGAGACUUUCAAUACGCUAAUCAGUGCUUAUAGCCGAUGUGGCUCGUUUGAACAAGCUAUGACUGUUUACAGGCGAAUGCUUGAAGCUGGGGUCACUCCUGACCUCUCCACUUAUAACACUGUGUUGGCUGCUUUGGCACGUGGAGGAAUGUGGGAACAAUCUGAGAAAGUUCUUGCAGAGAUGGAGGAUGGUCGGUGCAAGCCGAAUGAGUUAACUUACUGCUCGCUACUUCAUGCGUAUGCAAACGGCAAGGAAAUAGGUCGGAUGCAUUUCUUAGCAGAAGAAGUGUAUUCUGGAGUUAUCGAGCCUCGAGCUGUGCUUUUGAAGACACUAGUCUUGGUUUGUAGUAAGUGUGAUCUCUUACCGGAAGCAGAACGUGCGUUCUCCGAGCUUAAAGAAAGAGGGUUUUCACCAGACAUAACCACAUUGAACUCCAUGGUGUCCAUAUACGGAAGAAGGCAGAUGGUGGCGAAGGCCAACGAAGUGUUAGAUUACAUGAAAGAGAUGGGUUUCACACCAAGCAUGGCGACGUACAAUAGCCUCAUGUAUAUGCAUAGCAGGUCUGCAGAAUUUGGGAAAUCAGAGGAGAUCUUGAGGGAAAUACAAGCUAAAGCGAUCAAACCAGAUAUCAUAUCGUACAACACAGUCAUCUACGCAUAUUGUAGGAAUACUCGGAUGAGAGAUGCUUCUAGAAUCUUCGCAGAGAUGAGAGAUUCAGGGAUUGUUCCUGAUGUGAUCACUUACAAUACAUUUAUCGGUUCUUAUGCGGCUGACUCAAUGUUUGAGGAAGCCAUUGGCGUCGUUAGGUACAUGAUCAAGAAUGGGUGUAGACCAAACCAGAACACUUACAACUCCAUUGUCGAUGGUUACUGUAAGUUAAACAGGAAAGUUGAGGCAAAGCUGUUUGCUGAAGAUCUGAAGAAUCUUGAUCCUCAUGCUCCUAAAGAUGAGGAACAAAGGUUGCUGGAACGCAUAGUGAAGAAAUGGCCAAUAAGAUAGUUGGAAUUCUAGAGUCAGGACUAUUGGGCAUAUCUGCUUAUCGCAGUAAGCUAUACAAUCUGCAGCUGACCCUUCAUCAUCGUCUCAAUUGUACAGAUGAAACUGAAGUAUGAAACCGUUUGGUGGUUUUUGGUUAGUUUAUGUAUGGGACUGAUGUUCACUGGAUCACUUCUGCUCAAGCUCCGGUUCCAUUUUUCCCCUUUCUGUGAUGAAAAUAUGGAACUUGUUUGACUGAGAUCGUUUCUAGAUCGGAAAGGAGAGAUGCUGUCUUUUGUGUCAGGCUAAGAAGCAUAGUGAUUAGUUUAUACGAAUUAGUUGUAUGUUUUGAGACGUCUCUUUUAGCUUAUAUAUGUCAUGCAAUAUUAUAUUUCUGA